AUGGAAGUAAAUCGCAUCUUUACGGCCGAGCAGAUCGCAGUGCCACCAGAUCUUCCGCACGUGUUGAAAGACUGGACAAAGGCUGUGAUUCGAGCGAAUCCCUCAGAUCUUCUGACUUUUUCGCAGCUGUGGUUCCAAGAAAAGAUGACUCAGUUAUCAGAGCGGGAGGCAAUCGAAAGUCAGCUUCAGCGCAUGCGACAGCUAUUUAAGACGUACGAUGUGGAGGGGCAAGGUCGCAUGGAGGUCAAAAAUCUCGGCAAGUUUCUGAGUAAAGAUCUUGGCAUAGAUGGGUACGAGGAUGGCAGUCCUGCUGAGCUCCUGGACGAUCUUGUGAUGGAGUUGGAUCCAGACAACACAGGCCUUGUCGAGCUGCAGGACAUCAUUCAGUGGUACAAGCAACGCUAG